CACCUAGUUUGUGUAUCUAUUUAUGAGUACCUGUGGUCCGUCUAGGUACUUGAUUUGAUUAUACCUGCUCACAGAAAGUUAUAUAGAAAUUACCAAAAGAACCCUGUCGAGGUGGUACCCGCAUCCAUAUCCGUAUCCAGGACCGGAUCUACUUGUACCCAAAGGGAGUACUUUUAGGGAAGAGAAAAAAAAAACCAAGGGCCACAAAAACGAGAAACAGAAACAACAAGAACAAUGUCAUUCUCAAGCGCCAUCUUCAAACUCUUGACAUACAUCAUCACACUCUUCGUCCUUGCCGCCGCGGCCAUUUAUUUUACUGGGUACGGCGACGAUGUAGCAGAGUGGGCCGCCAAACGUUACUACAAGGCCAAAGCGGUGGCCGAGGUCAAGGUUUUGGAAAAUGUUGGAAGUGAAAAAGUAGAAGGCGCAAUCAAAGAUUCACUCAAGAAGAAUCCAGUCAUGGGAGAAGGUGAACUCGAUAACGUCGCCGGUGGUCUGGGUAAGGAAGCUGCACAACAAGGGUUGGGUGGUGUCAGUAGCAAACUCGGUGGAUUGGGAAAGUUUUAGAAAAAAAAAUCCAAGAACCAUCGAGGACGACAUUAUCAUCAUCAUCACAUUAGGUAUACGAUAUGGGAGAUUAUAACAUGACAAGUCGGAAGAUACUGGGAGGAGGAAUCUUAGGCGUGUUGAAUGGCGAGUACGGUAUAUCGACAUUGAUAUUGGGAAAAAAAGGGGGGAACGGACAACAGUACGAACAUCAGGGAUAAACUUGGAACAUUGUUACUGUAUAGGUAGUUGUAUUCGUAAAAUGUAAUAUAGUCUUUAAGUCGAUGCAUAAAACAUAUCUCAAC